UUCCCUCCAUAUUUGACUCUAGAUUUAAAACAAAACAAAACAAAACAAAAACAGAAAAAAAACGUUGGAGAAGGGAAAAAAAAAUUCCUGCGGAAGUGGGCGGAGCCUGGAACAUCCAAUCAAGUGGCGGCUUGUGGGGGGGGCGGGGUCCGGGCUUAUUUAAGCGGCGUGGGAGCCGAACGUUGUGUAAAAGCUUCGGAGGCCACGAGAGCGGCGGAGGCCACAAGAGCGGCGGCGUCCUGUCAGCUCUCUUUAGCAGCUGCGGAAGAUGGUGUCACCUACUCCGUGAGGCCGAGGCCGGAGGAUCACCUCAGCCCUAAGUGGAAACAACAAAAUAAGCAGCCUACUGGGCGCCAAAAGAGACAGAGCCCGUCGAGAGACCUCGUGGAGGCUUGACUAACGGGUGCGAGGACGGGGAAUCCACUUCCUGAAGAUCCGUCAGGAUGAGCUGCAAGACCCCGCCCACACUCCAGGAGCUGGCAGAAGACAGCCUCCUGAAGAACCAGGACUUGGCUAUCUCUGCUCUGGAUGAUAUACCCUCACUUUUCUUCCCAUCACUGUUCAGAAAGGCCUGUAGAAAUAGAUCCGUUGGGAUCAUAAAAGCGAUGGUGCAGGCUUGGCCCUUCCCCUGUCUUCCACUGGGGGCCAUGAUCAGUAGGAAGACUGCCUUCAGGAGAAUUUUGGAGAUUAUCCUGUAUGGAUUUGAUGCCCUGCUUUCUCAGAAAGUUCCCCAUAGGAGGUGCAAGCUAAAAGUGCUGGAUUUACGGGUUAUGCCUUUGAAGCUGUGGAACAGGUUGUCGGUGUUUGGGACUGCUGGCUGCAGUGAGAAUCUGGCAGUGGUGGGCCAUUCGGGAACAGAGGUGAAGCAGCCGGUGAAGGUGCUGCUAGACCUGGUCCUCAAGGAAAGCCCACUAGACUCCACAGAGUCCUUCCUUGUUCAGUGGGUGGAUAACAAGAAUGGCUUGGUGAGGCUGUGCUGUUGCAAGCUGCAGAUCUGGGCUAUGUCCAUUUAUUACCACAGAAAACUUUUGGAGAUUUUGGAUCUGGACUCUAUCCAGGAACUGCGUGUGUACUGCAUCAGUAAUCCCAUCUGCCUGCUUAACUUUGCCCCUUACCUGGGCCGCAUGAGGAACCUGCGCUGCCUCAUUCUCUCUCACCUCUGGCAGGCCUUCUCUAUGACCCCGGUAGAGAAGCAGCAGGUUAUCACCCAGUUCACUUCUCAGUUCCUUAAACUGAAAUGCCUCCGGAUCCUGCAUCUGGAUACUGUCUUCUUCCUAGAGGGUCAUCUGGAUGAACUAUUCUGGUGGCUGAAGACACCCUUAGAGACCCUGUCAGUGAUUGAUUGUAAUCUCUCAAAAUCAGACUGGUUCCAUAUAUCUGAGUUCCAGUGCACAAGUCAGCUAAAACACCUGAAUUUGAAAUGGGUCAAACUGACCCAUUUGAGCCCAGAGCCCCUGCGAGUUCUGUUACUAAAAUCUGCAUCUACUCUGAUGUCCCUGGAUUUGGAGGGCUGUCAAAUGAUGGACUCCCAACUCAGUGCAGUCCUGCCUGCCCUGAAAUGCUGUACACAGCUCACCAAGUUUAAUUUCCGUGGGAACUAUAUCUCCACGCCUAUCCUGAGGGAACUGGCAUAUAAUGUCAUCAAGCAGAAAUCCCAACGGUCAAAGAUACGCUUUAUCCCAAGCUGUGGUCAUCACAGUGGUCUGGACUCAGAGGUCACUUCUCAGCCUCAUAUUGUGUUUGUAGAUGUGGAGAGGACUACUGGGCAGCAAGAACAAGUCUUGUUUUAUGCUUUUUGCUCUGGAGAAUAUGUGUUGUGAUAUCCCUAUAGUGUGUUGGGACUUGUUGGACACCUAUCUACUGAGAUGCGGAUUUAAGCUCUCCUGUGGACACUGGAAGGUGUCUGGUCAGAGUAUGCACAACACAUGGUUUUAGACUGCUGUUCUUAUGAGUGGGAAGAGAAAGUUGAUGCUAGAGUACAAAAAAGUGAGACAUAGGGAAUGUGAGACACAUUGACAGAAGUCAGGGGAGUGGGUUCUGGUUGGGUAGGUACAAAGGGGCAUUCCUCCAGCCUGGUGGUUUUCUGAUUUUAUAGUCAAAAAGGGGACCAUCUGUCCUACCUGGAUGAUUAAAAUCCUAUGACUGCUGGGAACAAAUUUGAACUCUAGGUUCUUUUACUUUCACCUUCUGAGUAGUAGAACUCAUUAGGCUAGAUUGGCCUCAGUCAAAAAUCCACCUGGAUUAAAGUUGUGCUUACGUAGGGCUGCCUUCCUUGUUUAAUUUAGUGAUUGGAUUUGUCCUUACAUGUGGGAAGAGCUGUGUGACUGACAUGUAGUCCUAUGCCCAGAUUCUUAUUGUACUGCAAAUUUCUGAUACAUCCCUGCCUCCUGAUUGUAAGGAUUACGAGUGUAAACACCACACCUGGUUUUAUGCUUUUUCUGGGGAUUGGACCCAAAGCUUUCAUUUAUAUAGUAUCGGCUCACAUGUACAAUGGUGCAUGUGUGGGGGUCAAGACAACUUGUAGGAGUUGGUACUCCUACCAUGUGGGAUUGGGAAUUGAACUGACAUGUCUGUACCUUUACCAGCAGAGCCAACUCUGGCCCAAACCUAUAGCCUUUUGCUUGCAAGCAUUCUACCCACUGAGCUACAUCCACAGCCUGCAUCUUUAAUCCCCUCCCCCCACUGGCCCUUGCUAUGUAACCAGGCCAGACUCAGCUCACAGGGACCCAUGGCCUGCCUCUGCUUCCCAGUACUGGGAUUAAAGGCUUGUCCCUCCAAGUCUGGCAUCUCCAAUUAUUUCACCUUGUCCUAGUUGUAUUGCUGCCUACUAUCAUUUUCUGUAGUGCAAUGUGUGGUUAAGAUUGGAAAGAAAGCUUGAGUUGUUAGUAGCUAUGACUCUUAAGUGAAAUUACAGUAUUUAGUGAAUUAUAGACAACAAAGUUGGUAUAGCAUGUUGAUUUAUUGUUCAAUAAAUUCUGAUGUUAUCUAAA